AUGGCCACCAUCAGCUCACACAGCGUAGAUGUCGACGUCGUUGAGGAAGGCGUCAGUGGGACCUCUCAAAUGUGGACCGAACUCUAUUGCCCUACUGCCGAGUCGGAUCUGGCUCCUGGAAAAGCACGGGUACAGAAGAUCAAAGGUUGGUUACACGAAGCUCUGUUUGGGUAUCCCCCAGAGGUGACAAAACCACCGCCUCCUCAUCUGAGAGACAAGCUACGGAAGUACCGUAGAAUACUUUUCUUAACAGGGCCAGCUGGUGCAGGCAAGACGACAACUUUAAAACUGCUGGCUCAGCAGAUGGACGUUGACGUGGAUGAAUGGGGUGAAGGCGUAGAGGAGUGGGGCAUAGGUACUGUGGGAGGUGGCGGAUUUGUGCUGACAAGAGACACAGAGAGAGAAUCGUCGAUAUCCAAAUUUGCUUCAUUCAUAGAUCGUGACACCUCGUCUCUAUCCCUCUCAAGCUCCCGUACAGCCACUCCCCAAAAGAAGGCGAGGGCGCGUAUCAUCCUCCUCACUGCUCUACCAAACUUGUCGCAUCCCAAAACCAUGGAAGGCUUUCACGCCUCGCUCCUCCGAUUUUGUCAAAGGUUCUCGACAAACUCCUGCCCAAUGGUUAUAAUACACAGUGAUGCAGGACAAUCCGGAAGAGCGGAGGAUAGCUGGAUGGAUGCCAGUCGGGACAGGGGUGGACGUGAGAGAGGUCUAGAAAUAUUGGGCAAGGGUAUCAAGGAUGGGGCUUGGUGUCAGGAGAUCGACUUCAUCCCUAUAGCACCAACUUUCAUGUUCAAGGCCCUUUUCCGUAUCCUUACGUUAUCCCCUCUACCGACCGCUUCACACCCCGCCAAAGCCACUCUUCAACUCAUCUGUCAAUCGUCCAACGGCGACCUUCGCGCGGCUAUCAACUCGCUGCAAAUGCUCUGCGGCGGAAGAGGCAAAAUCGCAAACGGGCGCGGAGCGGCGAGGGGUAAAGGAAAGGGUCGAGGACAGAAGGACGAAGGACAUGUCCUACGAGCGGUGCUGGAUGCGGUCACGAGGAAGGAGCAAUCGUUAAACUUGUUCCAUGCUUUAGGAAAGGUGUUUUACAACAAACGUCUGGGCGAUCCAAAUCAACAAGAAGAUGAGAACCAAGAAACCCUCGAGAUGAUUCGUCAACUUCCCAAAGAUGAUGACCUCCCAUCGCAUUUGAAAGAGUUCACCCGCCGCAAAUCACUAGUUCAAAUGGAGACUUUUAUCCCCUCCAUACCCCUUGACGCAUCGUCUUUUGCGCUAUGGGUCCACCAGUCGCUUCCUUCUUUUUGCGAAGAGAUAGAGCAGGUGUCACAAGGUCUGGACUACCUUGUAGAGAGCGACGCUAUGAGGACGGAUGAUGACAUUUGGCAAUCCCAACCUCAAACGAUUCAAUACGCCCUACAACUCACUCUCCGAGGCGCUGCCAUGUCCCUCCCAUCCCCAGUCCCGCGCGGCAAAGCCGCUCAUCACAAGGUAGUCAAACCGACCUUCUUUUCGGAAUGGAAGAAGGAGCGAGAAAGCCUGGGUGCGUUGGAGAGUGCGGGGAGAUAUUUGGAAAGGCGGGGUGUGAAGGCGUCCAAUGGGGCUGUAGGAGGGACAUGGGGAGGUCUGCUGAGCAGGAAAGAGAUGAUCUGUGAGAUGGUGCCGGUGCUGAUCAAGAUUCAAAACCUCUCUGGUCAACCUCUCCUACCAGUAUCGGCUCAGCCAGCCACACUUCCGAAUUGGACACCUGUCCGCACAUCGGCCGCAAGUAGCCAAAGUAGCCAGAGCAGGUUCACCCAGUCGGCUGAUGAACUCACCGCAAAGUCGGAACUUGCGAUAGAGGAUGAGUCAUUGGAAGGCGUUUUGGGAGACUGGGACGAAGUGCCUGGGCAUGUAGUCAACGAGGAGGAAGUUACAGGGGGAGAAGAACCAAAGCAAGGUAUAUGGGAUGAUGAAGGCAUCCGAAAUGAAGGGGAAGAAGAAGCCCAGUUCAUUGAAGACGAUGACAUCGUCGACGAUUGGGAUUAG